CUCCAUCCUCAAGAGUGGUAUGGAGCUGGGAGGGGCCUUGUGGCAACAGGUGUAUAAGAAGGGUGCUCUUGAUGGUCACAUAUUCACUUCAAGAGAUUCCAACUCAAUGAAGAUGGCUACAUCCUCCACUGGACUGGCAAUGAAGACUCUACUUGGAUUGCUGCUUGGGCUCUCCUUGUCAUCCGCGCAAGUCUUGCCUGAGCUCAUGGACCAUGAGGGCAUGUUUAACGGCAGCAUGAUGUAUCAGCCAGGACUGGAUAGCAACGAUGACGCUACCUACUGCCAGAUGCUGCUGGAUUCCCCUGUGCCCCCUCCAGCUGACCAGGUGCCUUGGUUCUGUAUCUGUUCCCGCUGCAAGGGCACCCUUGGACCCAAAGGAGACAGAGGAGACAGGGGCCUGCCAGGAAGGCCAGGAAGCCCCGGCAUCAGAGGUCUCACAGGGUUCAGAGGUCUCCCUGGAUUUACCGGGAGGCCAGGCAUCAAAGGUGAGAAAGGCGAUGAGGGCUUAAAGGGAGACAAAGGCCCCCUGGGUUUCUCUGGAGCCAAAGGAGAUGUUGGAUUCAAAGGUGAAAAGGGUGAGACUGGUCUGGAUGGACCAGCUGGAGGGCAGGGGCCCAAGGGAGAUGAGGGUCAGUGUCCCCAAGCUUGUGACGUUGCCCAGGGACCCCCAGGAUUACCAGGCCUGCCCGGACCUGCAGGAGCCAGGGGGCUGCCUGGUGUAGCAGGACCAACAGGGAGCAUGGGACCUAAGGGAGACAGUGGUGUUCCAGGUGUUCCAGGUGGUUCAGGGCAGGCAGGCCAGAAAGGUGAUAAGGGUCCUGAGGGAAACUGUAACUGCACUGAUGGUGCUAAAGGGGCAACAGGACUGCAGGGAUUACAGGGAGCAAAGGGUGAUCAGGGUCAGGUGGGUCCUCAGGGAAUUAAGGGUAGCAGUGGCCUAAAAGGAGAUGACGGAAUGAUGGGAAUGAUGGGAAUGCCAGGGCCUUGUGCUCCCCUAGUCCAGUCAGCUUUCUCAGUAGGACUAAGCACCCUCUUCCCUAAUCCCAACAUGCCUGUAGUCUUCUCCUUUGUCCACUACAACAUGCAGAUGCAUUACGAUCCUCAGUCUGGUCUUUACACAGCGCCUGUCAACGGCACAUACAUCUUCAGCUACCACCUCACUGUCUUUGGGAGAGUGCUAAAAGUGGGGCUCUUUCACAACUUUCUGCCAGUGGUGAAGACCACUAACACAGCUGAUUUGGGCACAGCCUCCCAACAGGUAGUGCUUCACCUCAGUAGGGGCGACAGGGUGUGGAUUCAAGUCAAGGAUAGUACCACCAACGGCAUGUAUGCCAGCAGCGAGGCCAGCAGCACCUUCUCUGGCUUUCUACUGAAUGCCGACUCCUGUGACAUGCCCAUGGGCAGAGAUUUCCCUGUUCCCAUGGCCAAAGGACAAUACACCUGGGGUGAAAUGCCAGGCCCAACCCCCACCCCCACCCCAUAGAUCUAACUUUACCAAACACUAAUAUACAAGUGCCAAUACAAAAAUAUGAACCAAAAACCUGAUUAUUCAGAUGAAAGCCUUUUAAUCUUUGAACACUAGAGAACAGCAAGCACUAGGCCUAACUGCAGACUAUGCAGGACCAAUUCUACAGUUCCACCAAUGUCACUGCCCCCCUCAGUAUUUUGGUUCUGAGUCUAAGUUGUUCAUUGUAGUUUUUGUAUUCACUGUCAGCAGAAUCAAAACUCUGCUAACACUAAUUUGAAUCAAAGUUGUAUUCUCCAUCCAAUAUUUCUGUUGAACUUUAGAAUACCAACUGUAGGGUUGCUCCUUCAGAAACCCCAUCCCUCACAAUUGUGUAUCUUAUAUUUGUCUUAAAUGUGCAAUUGUGAUGAUUAUGUUUCAGUGUGGAAGAGAGCAGGUGUGUAUUCUCACUCUUAUUGCCUAGUCCUUUGUCCAUUUUCCAUACAAAAUAAUGUUAGUGUAAGAUGAUCAGAUGUCUGAAAGUACAAUGUUCAAAGAGGGUUCAUCUCAUUCAGAUUGAAUGCAAGAUUGUAUAGGCGUGUCUAUUUUCAGUGUGUUUUCUCUGUAAUGUGAGACUGUUUAAAGAGAGUGAAGGUGUUCUCAAUAGCGAGAGGUAUGGUACAGUUUAUUGUGGCGAGGCCGCAUCUUUACUGUUGGUAAAAGGUACAGGAAGAAAGGGACUGAAAAGAGGAAGGAGGGAACAGUUAAUGAUUGUCUUCAAGACCUAGCGCUUUAUGUAGAAUUACAUUAUUGUAGUAAACAGGGGUUAGACCACAGCAGAAGCCCAAGAUAUAUAUUUAAUAAUAAUGCUGAAUUGUAUUUAAUGCAUUCGGGUGAUUGUUUCAUUCACUGUUCUGAAAUCUGAAAUAAAAUGUUCAAAUAAUGAAUAAA